UGUCCGAGGGGGAGUUUUGCCUUAUCUUGUCUUUGCGGCAGUGUUCCUGGUGUUUGAAGUAGAUAUGCUUUGCAGAGCUUUAGGUCUAUCCAGGAUGCAACACAACCAGGUCUUCGUGAUUCAGGUGUCUAGCGGGGCGGGAGGGGCCAAGCACCCACCCCUUGCACUGCCCCCAGCCUCGCCCGACCCAGCCGACCUUCCCGUCCUGCCCUCUGAAGUCAAGUAUUCGGCCACGCUUGUGAGAGGGCUUGGGGCGGCCCACCUCUUCCUCGGGGCUGUUCUGUUCAUGCUGGGAGUCUUGGGCACUUGGGUGGAGCCGGAGACAUGCUGGGCGGGAGCGGGCGUGUGGACAGGACUCGCGGCCCUUCUCUGCGGGUUCUCGGGUCUCGUGGCGCAUUGCUUCUGGUACAAGAACUUCAGCAUCAAGGCGUUCCUGGUGACGUCCGUGGUGUGCGUGGUGCUGAGCGUGCUGGCGGUGGUGCUGAGCAUAUACGCGAUUGUUAACAGGCACAAGCACUUCCAGGCGCUUUUGGAGGAGAUGGACGAGAACACGUGGUUCCAGCCCUACGAUCUCAACAAGGAGCAUCAACUCACACUCAGCAUCAGCGCUAAUCUCCUUGUGGGCUUCUUCCUCGAACUCCUCCUCUCGCUCUGGUCUUCGAGGGUGAGCUGGCGCGGCGUCCAGAGCCCAGAGUUCAGCGUCGCCUCGAACAAGAGAGAUGCGGAGGGUGUUGACAGCAGUGUGACGCCCCUACCGCCGAGAACUGGCCAGCAGGUUCCUCUUGCGGCCUUGUAUCAGUUGCUGCAGACUCACCCCGAGAUGCUAGGAAACAAGAGCCUGGAAGCUGGUCUGGUUCCCUCAUGGCUACCAAACAGCCUCACUGACCACCCAACACACCACUCAAUGGACUACCAAGAACGUGUCAACCGGUACCUCUCACACGCCAUCGACCAGACCUCCUGCAGACCGCUCUCAACCCUUCAGAGCGAGACCAGGGACAGCGCCACGGCCUCUACCUCAAGUGGCGGUCGCUGCAGCCCCACGGAGACCAUUCCCAUGCCCCCACCAGACCCCGGCCAUGAGAAGGAAAUGUUAGAGAGGGAGAUGCAGGAACGAUACCCUGGUGAUAGGAAAGGGAGGUUGGAUGGGCUAGCAAAUGGGGAUUCCAGUAGCUUGGGAAAAGUUAAACACACACAUGUAGAUUCACUGAUACAGGGAGAUGCAGGGACACAGAGGAAAGGAAAACAGGGUAGCGUAGAAGCCUUACCAAUUGGAGACACUGACAGGAAAGGCAGGUUAGCAAAUGGGGACUCCAGUAGCUUAGGGAAGGUUAAGUACACACACGUAGAUUCACUGAUACAGGGAGAUGUCGGACCGCAAAAGAAGGGUAAGCAAGGCAGCGUAGAAGCUUUGCCAAUCGUAGACAGUGAGCGAAAGGGAAAACAGACGUACGUGGAGAUCUUACGAAGCAGGAGAGGGUCGGAAAGCAAGCCCAAAGCACCACUUCCGAAGGUCAAAAAUACGGAAGGUUCUAAAUCGACCGAGACUUCCGUGAAAGGUUCUGUAAGCAAGGAUGAGUCUGUGAAGAAGGAAGAGGAGAAGGAGAAGGUGACAACUGAGGAGAGGCAGAAGAAGAUGGGGACAGAGAAGAGCGAGAAGCAGGGAAGAGAAGGAGGAGGAGGAGGAGAGUUGGUUUCGAGCGAGAGGAAGAUGAUGGAAAAGGAGGAAGAGGAGAGGAGUGAAAAGCCGAAGAUGGACGCAGAGAGGAAAAGUUACGGGGAGGAAAUUAAGGAAAAGAAAGAGAAAGGAGACAUUGCCAUAGUCCUUAAAGCCACAGAGAAGAACGAAAAGAAGGAAAAGAAGGAAGAAAAUGAAGAAAGCAACAUUGCCGUCAUUCACAAACACCCCGAAUUUAAGAACCAAAAGGAGGAGGAAGAGGAAGGGAAGAAAAAGAAGAAUGAGAAUAAGAAACAGAAGGAAGAGAAAGAAGAAGCAGAAAAAGAAAACACAAGAAACACCAGAAACGUGAACGAAAGAGAGGAAGAAAAGGAGAAGAGAGGAAGAGACAAACAGAGAGAGAAAUCACAAACAUCGGAUAACCAAACAGACCAGAAGGAGAGGAAUAAAAGAGGAACAGAGGAACCAAACAAGAAUUACAAGGAAGAGGAAAAAAGAAAGACAGAGAAAGAGAAAACGGGGAUUGAUAAUCUAAGCGAAGGGAAGAAGGAGGAGAAGGAAAGAAGGGAGAAAAGUCCCCCAUGA